UGCUGUGUUUCUUCGUCUCCGUUCACCUCCAUUCACACAGUAAAUAAAAGCAUGGAGGCUCCGACUCUCGGGAUCUAAUACCGAACAGCGGGGGGUAAAGACACCGCAUGCGCUCUCCCUUUCACCAAAACACACAGGAAGGAAGCCAGGACAGCGGCGGACGCUUUGCCAGUUGGAUUUAACUCGUUUUACGUGGAAGAGAGGGUUGUAGUUGGAGACAGGAGCGGGGCAGCCCGCCGUGCUGAGCAUGAAGCGGACGGCUGUAGUGGCCAGGCACAAUGGCCUCGUCUCUCCGCUGGGGAACAACAACUCCGGGGCUUCGAGCAUCGUCUCACCACCACAGCCGAGAGCCACUAGUAUCUCCGCUUCUGCCGACAGUGGUGUUGGCGGUGGGAUGGACGGCCUGCUGGAUUUCUCCAAAGGCCCCACCGUCAAAACCGAGCUGGUCUGUAAAUGGAUUGACCGAACUUCUUCGAGACAGAGGCUUGGGCGGACGGCGACAUCCGUCUGCGACCAAACUUUCAGCUCCAUGCACGAGCUGGUGGACCACGUCACCACCGAGCAUGUAGCAGCGGGGCUCGAGACCCUCAGUCAUGUCUGCAUGUGGGACGAGUGUAUGCGCGGCGGGAAGGCAUUCAAAGCCAAAUACAAACUCAUCAACCACAUUCGCGUGCACACCGGGGAGAAGCCUUUUUCAUGCGCAUUUCCCAACUGCGGCAAGAUGUUCGCACGCUCCGAGAACCUCAAGAUCCACACGCGCACGCACACUGGUGAGAAGCCAUUCCAGUGUGAUUAUUGUGAGCGACGCUUCGCCAACAGCAGCGACCGGAAGAAGCACUCACAGGUCCACACAGCCUCGAAGCCCUAUGACUGCAAAGCCCUGGGCUGCACCAAGUCCUACACCCACCCCAGCUCCCUGCGCAAACACAUGAAGGUUCACGUCAAGUCGUCGCCUACCUCUGAACCCCAGGACGUGUACGACUCCAUCCCUCAUCAACUCCAACAACCUCAUCAAGCCCUCCUCGAGCCCCUCGACCUUAAAAUGAAUCGCCUCUCUCCAUCACUUGCCAAUAAAAACACAAAUUUUCCUCUCCUGUCCAAUCACCAAUUGGAUAUCAGCUCAGCCAGCGAAGUUGACCAUAAGCUGCUGCUGCGGAGUUCAUCACCAAUGACAAUGCCUCUGGAUCUCUCUCUGUCAAGCCUGAAGAGUCAGCUGGCCCAGAAGCAGCAGAGUGGUAGGACCCAGCGGAGGAGCCAGCGCUCAGUCAACCCAGCCUUACCUCAGUUGUCUAACAUUAAGGAGUGGUAUGUCUGUACCAGGAGUACAGCACCACACUUUCCUCUACUUCACCCAGACCACAUCAAAUCAGAACCUAGUGAUGACGAGGAGUAUGUCACGUAGGAUGGAGGGACUGAGAAUUUGGACUUGAAGAACAUGUAUUGUCAGACCCAGGUCAGGCCAGAGAAUGCUCUGUGGAAUCAUAGUUGCUGUAAAUUUCCAGAACCAGCAGUUGUAUGGUUCAACAUCAGAGGCCCUGCUAAGAUGGAGAAGGCUGUGAUCAGAUGGAGACCUUUUUUACUGUCUCUAAUACAAAACUCAGCUUGGCGAUCAUCACUAUCUGUGGACCAAAAAGCAAUGGCUCAAAUGUUGAAGAUGAAUUCCAUCGUUAUGGUUAUCAAACAAAAUGUUUGACAAAAAAACUGCAAGAUAUCCAAUUAGUGCUAGCUAGCUUACCUGAGCUAACAAAGGGGAUUACAUUGUACAAAUGGACCAGGCAAUGUUGGGUACUGCUCUGCUUGCUAUUAAAGAAUAUGAAGAGGGUGUGUGUACAUGAUGACCUCUCUAGGGAGACAGAUUAUUGACCAAUUUAUCUAAGCGCUCCACCUAAAUGAAGCAAUUUUAAGGGCUACAUUGACACUGAUAGAAGGUGGUUAAUGUUAUCCUGAGGUCAAUAUAGCUCUGUACACAUGGUACCCCGACAGGUCCAAAACAGCAGGCACACAGGUUGGAGGUGAGCGUGUGCCUGUUAUGGCCCCAGUAUGUUUUAAACAAACUAGUUUGUACAUCAGAUCAAAAUUUGUUUGAAGCAGCUGAUUUUCCUAUCAGAAAGGGGUUUUUAAAUGCUGUUAGGUGAUCCAACAAGCACUUUGUUUAAAGCAAACUGAUGCCUUUACUUAUAAACCAUUGGUAGUAACUUGUUCAAACGUGUUUUAUGUGAUCACAGUCUAAUCCAACACAGUAGCCAGCAGUGAAGCUGCAGUUUGAAGACCAUAGGGACUGUUCCUUCUUUGUACUGAUCAUUAAGUGUCUCCUUAACCUCUUCAACUCUAUGGACCUUUCAGUGGGUUAAUCGCCUGCAUCUGUUUACACUCCAUCUACAAUUAAGUCAAGACCACAAGGUUUCCAAAAUUACCAUAUAUGUCAUACACAUAUUCCUUUAACAUGAAAAUGUGUAUUAAAUGAUGCACAAGACAUCUAUUGUUUUCCCUUUGAUCAAAUGGUGCAGCCAUAAAAAGUGGAAUCUUGGAUUUGAAAAUUGACUCAAUGUAGCUUCAAUGAAUCAACAAAACGAGCAGAAUGUAUUGUGAAAGAUUGUGGUACAGCUUGGAAAAAUA